CAAUCAAAACAACUUUUCCAAUUUUCCAGUUCUGAUCUGUUACCAUUGACUAAUACGACCUUCAAGCUUUAAAACCCUAUAAUCGGAUCGUUUCCUUCUUUGUGGAGAUAUGAAUGGAGAUGGUUCUAGCUUUGAGCAGUGUUACCGUUGUUACCCAGUCACAUUCAUUGACAAGGCACAUCUUGAGAAGGGUGACAAAAUUAUCAUGCCUCCUUCCGCUCUCGAUCGUCUUGCUUCUUUGCAUAUUGAAUACCCAAUGCUGUUUCAACUGAGUAAUGUUUCUGUUGAGAAGACCUCACAUUGCGGUGUACUAGAAUUCACUGCAGACGAAGGCCUAGUUUACUUGCCGUAUUGGAUGAUGCAAAACAUGUCUCUUCAAGAGGGAGACGUUAUGCAAGUUAAGAAUAUCAGCUUGGUAAAAGGGACUUACAUCAAGCUGCAGCCUCACACUCAAGAUUUCUUGGACAUUUCCAACCCAAAAGCCAUCUUGGAGACUACGCUUAGGAGCUACUCUUGCUUAACCACGGGUGAUACAAUUAUGGUUCCUUAUAACAACAAGCAAUAUUACAUCAAUGUGGUUGAGGCAAAACCUUCUUCAGCUGUGAGUAUUAUUGAAACGGAUUGUGAGGUUGAUUUUGCUCCUCCUCUUGAUUACAAAGAACCUGAGAAGCCACAGAAGUUGACUCCCUCAAACAAACGACCUCUCGAAGUUAAAGAAGAAGAAGAACCUGCCAGCAAAGUUCCCAAAUUCACGCCGUUCACUGGAUCAGGAAAACGUUUAGAUGGAAAAGCACAAACACAAACUGAACCAGAAGAUACAAAACAGCAAGAAAAGCCAACCGAAAAUGGGAAAUACGAUGAGAAGCUGUCAGUUACCACACCACGGCAAAGAUCAGGAAAGCUUGUCUUUGGUUCAAACAGCAAACCAUUAGCUGCAAAAGAAACAGUGAAAGUUGCUCCAAAGAGCAUCGAGCAAGAGAGUUCAACAAAAUCCGAUGAAGCUAAGUUUCAAGUCUUCACAGGGAAGAAAUACUCACUCAAUGGUUAAAAACAGGGUUUAGACGCUUCUGCUGAAGAUAAUUUAUCUGUUUAAGCAUUCAUACAUUCUCUCGUCAGUUUAUCGGAACAGCUAGGAUGGAACCUAAGCGCGACCUGGACCCCUCAGGAUACUACAGAUUUGUCUGAAAGCUUUGGUUCUUUAACUUAGAUGUGUCGGACCAUCCUUUUAGGUUAUUAAUAUGUUCCUAGCUGAUAUGUUUUGAGACUGAAAAUGAACACAUCAGAAAUUU